UCAACUAGCAACACUGAGUUUAAGAGAAGUGGAACAAAAUUUUACUUCGAUUGUUUGCAAAUAAAUAAUUUUCUUGCUUUAUAAAUAAUUUCCAAACGGAAAAUUGUAAAGGUUAACUAUCAUUAUUACAUCCUUUUUUUAAAUUUAAUGGGAAACCUGCAUACUAAAACAGAGGAAAGAAACAAGCUAUCUAUUCACACAUCCCGCGACGGCCAAGCAUUUACAAGUCAGUUCAGCUUGUCGCAUUUUGUGGGCAACCUCAGUGGACGCUCCUACCUAAGCGUAACCAGCAACCAUUCGGCGUACAGUACUUCUCGGCCUUGGUCACGAGUAUCUAGACGAAGGUGGCACGAUUCUACAUUAAAUAAUCCUCUUGAAGCUUGUAAAACUGCUUGGCCGGUUGCCCAUAAAGAGUCAAUAUUUCUCCCAGAAUUCCCCAUCACAACUGAUCUCUUGAAGAAAGACUUUGAAGUAGUUCAAACAAUUGCUAAAGGUGCAUUUGGAGAGGUAUUUAAAGUGAGAAAGGUCUCUGAAAAUAAGGAGUAUGCUUUAAAAGUUCUGAGCAAGUCACAGUUGGUUCAUGACAGAGCAGUGUGCCAAGUUAAGGAAGAGGCGAAGAUCCAGUCCGUUGUUGGCCAUCACCAAUUUAUAGCUGAAGCAGUAUCACGGUGGCAGACAAAGAAGAGACUUUAUAUUGUUUCAGAGUACAUUCCGGGCGGUGAGUUGCUAGUGUUGUUAGACAAGUGGAGAAAGGUACCUGAGGAUAUCGUCAAAGUGUUCGUCGCUGAAAUUGCGUUCGCUAUAGAUUUCCUACACAACGCGGGUAUUAUAUAUCGUGAUCUGAAGCCGGAAAAUAUUCUACUCGAUUCGGACUAUCACAUACGAUUGAUUGAUUUCGGUCUUUCCAAGUGGCUGUCCAUUGGGUCGAGGACUACGACGCUCUGUGGUACUCUUAAAUAUAUGGCACCAGAGAUCUUACAACGUGACGCGUAUGGACACGCAGUUGAUUGGUGGUCGCUGGGCGUGAUCACUUGUAGAAUGCUUACUGGAGAGUUUCCAGAACCAGCAGUUUAUUCUGAAGAUAAAAAAGAGAAAGACAUUGAAGAAAACGAUAGGCUUGAUGUGAAGACACCACCAACACCUGGUGCUUUACCGAACGCUGAAUUAUCGAAAGCAGCCCGAGGACUUCUUAUAAAGUUGUUGGAAGUAAACCCUCAAUAUCGCCUCAAGUCAUUACGACAGCUCCAGCAGACGGCUUUUUUUAUGGGAUUCAACUUUGAUGAUAUAAAUAUAAAGAAGAUUUCUCCAAAAACCAUGCUACAGCAGUAUGGAGAGCAAAAUGCAUUUCCCGGAAAAGCCGAAGAUGUGCCAUUUACUAAUUUUAAUCAAAAUCUUCAUAUAACUGAGUAAUUAAGUUUUAUUUAAUUAUAAAGGUUCUAUAACGUAAA